AGAUCCAAAGACCUUGCUUGCAAUGCCUGGAGUAAUGGUUGGAGAUAUUGGAAAGAAGCUGGGAUUAAAUGGAAUAGACAAUGGAUUUGCAAUGUUCCACAAUGUUAGAAUACCACGAGAAAAUCUACUGAAUAGAACUGGAGAUGUGACACCUGAAGGAACUUAUACAACUUCGUUCAAGAACUCUAAUGAUCGAUUUGGUGCUUCACUUGGAGCAUUAUCUUCUGGUAGAGUUUCAAUCACAGGGAUUGCAACCACAAAUCUUAAGCUGUGCUUGACAAUUGGCAUUCGGUAUUCUGCAGUACGUCGUCAGUUUGGACCAACAGAUCAUGAUGAAAUACCACUGCUUGAAUAUCAAUUGCAGCAAUGGCGACUUAUUCCUUAUGUGGCAGCCACCUAUGCGCUAGACCACUUUUUCAAGUCACUAUUCAUGAAUUCUGUUGAAUAUCAAAAGGGAAUAUUGAUGAAGGACAAGAGUGACAGACAGGCAGAGCUUGGUAAAGAAAUUCAUGCAUUGUCUAGUGCAAGUAAAUCACUUUGUUCAUGGACCGCUCAAUUUGGCAUUCAAGAGGUCCGUGAAGCUUGUGGUGGUCACGGAUAUCUUGCUGGUAAGUGCUACUAUCAGUAAUAGAGUCUCAGAAUU